CCUGGCAUCCAAAGAUUCAGUGGAACACAAGCAAAAAUGUGAUGACUUACCUUGGAGUUUCCCUCUCUCAUCCAUCUUGGCACUGGAGGCUGGAGCAGCUUUUGCCACCAGCAGAAAGAAAGAUAAGUGGCAGCAACAGAUGAACCAUGACUACCACAUCUUUAUCUCUAUCUCCAAGGUUUUUGCUCUCCAUUUCCAAGCCCAAGCCUUACAAUUCUGUUAACGCCCAUAAUUCCUCUCUACCAUUUACCUCAACAACAACCAAAAAUACCGUUCUUUUACAUAACCCACCUCACAGAAUUACUCAGAAAAGCACCCAACUUUGGAGAAUCUCUUCUGCCUCUGAAGGUGAAGUAGUUCUACCAUCAGAAGCCACCCCACUAGAGAAUUCCCAGGAGAUAGUGUCAACCAGUGAUGAUGGUGUCUCCACCAUCAUAUCAACUCUUCUCUUCAUUGCUUUUAUUGGUCUAUCUAUUCUCACUAUUGGGGUUAUCUACAUAGCUGUGACAGAUUUCUUGCAGAAGAGGGAGAGAGAGAAGUAUGAGAAAGAAGAAGCUGCUAACAAGAAAAAGAAUGGGAAAAAGAAGAAGGUGAGAGCAAGGGCUGGGCCAAGGGGGUUCGGGCAAAAGAUUGAUGAUGGUGAUUAUGAAUAGAAUGUUCAGUGUAAGUUUUUCACUGGCUUUGUAUCUCCAGAUUGAAUGGGUGUUCUUUAACCUCUUUUUCUUUGACCAAAAGGAAUGGGUUUUCUUUUUCUUUUUCUUUUUACAAAAAUUUUAUGCUCAUUCCGUAAAAGUGAGAGCUUUUGUGUACUGCGUAUGACAAUCUUAUUAAUUCAAGCAUACAUGAUGCUCAAUCAAAACAAUGGAGCUGAUUUUGAUUA